AUGCGUCUCUCAAUUCGUCUCGCUGUCGUUGGAUCGGCUCUCCUAAUGGGUAGCAACGCCUUUACAAUCGCUCCCGGAGCCACGACGCGUGGCGUGUGUACCCCCACUCUCUCCAUGGCGGAUGCGGAAGUCUCCGUACCCGCAAUCGAAACUAACCGUAGCACCAGCGGCUUGACUAUGAGUCAGGUCCGUACCAUGAUUGACAAUCUCACGCGAGACAAUAUGGACGCCUCUUUGGCGACGAUGCGGGACUUUUUGGUGCACGACGCCGGUGCCACCAUGUACGCCAAGUCCCUCCGUCGGAUCGCGCGGAAAGCCAAGGCGCUCGGAGCUACCGUUCCGGAAGGAUACGCCCAGGAGGCCAAGGCCACGCAGAAGAAACGGGACAAGCAAAAUGCGUUUAUCCAGACCAAACAGCAAGCCGCAGCCGACGAAGCCGCCGCGGCGGCCGACGAAGUCGCGGAUGCGGAUGCGGAAACCGUCCAAGCCUAG